CUUUCACCUUUGCUGCAACUGCGUAUUUCAUGAUUAACAUUGUUGAAGCCAACCGCAGCUGUAAAGACUCCAUUGAAUGCCUACAAAUGCAUAACCGCCUGCAACUUCCGACAACUGUCGUUGACCCCAUUUCUCAUUUGUUGAACCAACUCCCCACUCAACCCUUAAAACAGCAUGCCAACGCCCCAGUUAACUGGAGUAUAUCUCGGUCAAUUGUCCAAAUGCUUCUUUAUGAAAUCGACUAUCUUCAGCACGAGAAAAUG